AUGUGUGAUGGUCUACGGCUACGAGAGUGGGUCAUCCCGCCCUACAACCUCCGGGGAGACACAGUAGAGCUACGUUGUGACUACGAACCUGGCAACUCCUCCAUCUACUCCGUCAAGUGGUUCAAGGAUGAUGAUGAGUUCUUCAGAUACGUGCCCAGGGACUCCCCUCCGCGCCACUUCUUCCCUAGAGUGGGCAUCACCCUUGAUGAGACGCUGACGCAGCCUGGGCGAGUAGUGCUGCUCGCUGUAGGGUUCAACACCUCUGGUCAGUACCGCUGUGAGGUGUCGGCGGAGGGACCUGACUUUAACACCGUCACGGGACAUGGUAGCCUCAUGGUGGCGCCGCAGGAGCUGGUUACAAGUGAGCGCCCAUACCUGGCUCACGACGGACUCCUGACGCAGAUCUCCCGUCUUACCUUCCUGGCCCGACCCUUCCACUUCCAGCGGGGCGUCCUGAGAAUCAAGUGCGUAGCGGAGAUCAGCGGAGAUCGUCUUAUUCACCACAACACCAUUCCUCAGACCUUCCGAGCCUGGGAGAGAUCCUUUCAAGGAAGAUGCUGGACUGCCAUUCACAGAGUAAGAGCUUACUCGGCGACUAGUCACAGUGUUCGAAACAUGCUGGGCGACCAAUCACAAUGUUCGAAGCAUGCUGGGCGACCAAUCACGAUGUUCGAAGCAUGUUGGGCGACCAAUCACAAUUUUCGAAGUAUGCUGAGCGACCAAUCACGAUGUUCCAAGCACGCUGGGCGACCAAUCACAAUGUUCGAAGCAUACUGGGCGACCAAUCACAAUGUUCGAAGUAUGCUGGGCGACCAAUCACAAUGUUCGAAGCAUACUGGGCGACCAAUCACAAUGUUCGAAGCAUGCUGA